UGCCAGUGUGAAAAGCUGAAGACUUUACUUAUUGAUAAAGACCAUUCACAGGGUCUGGUGCCUGAAACGCUCUUGUGCUUGAUGUGUGAGUGUUUUUUUCUUAUGCAGACUUAUGCUUGCAUGUCCACGAGUGUGUGUUUGUGUGUGUGUGUGUGUGAUGUGGUGAUGUCACAGCUUUGUUAUAGAAACAGAGAAGCCUUGUGUCCUCAUGAUUAAUUCAUGUCCAGCUGCGGGAUAGAGACAGAAGCAGCCAGUCACACACAGACAGGAGCACGUACUUAAAGGAGACUGAAAUAAGUAACUACCGGUCCGGUAGCCAAGGAGACAGGGGGAGACAGGUUGUCACAGAAAUGGGUAGCCAAGGAGACGAGACCAAAAAAAAAAAAAAAAGAAGAAGAAGAAGAACCCAGGCGACUCUCUCGUCAUCGUCUGCGCCGCCUGACAAGCUCUCAGGCUGUAGAAGGGAGGAGCAGAGCAUCCAUCCUGCUGAGAGAAGUGCAUCUGUUGUGUGGCUCCUCUGCAUCUUUCUCUGGCUACACUCUGAAUGUCAAGCCCCACUGAACAGAACAGGAUCCAGGUCGUCAUGGAGACAGGAGCAGACCCUCGGUGGAACAGAAGCAGGGUGAUGUGCCAACAGCCUCUGGGGGGCAUCUGUCCUCUCCGCAACCUGUUCACCAUCUGAAGCUUAUGGGAUAGGAGUGUGCGUGCCCCUUCCCAACCCUGCAGCCCCACUGGAGCCAGUCGUGCCAAAGCUGAGCUGCGUCGAAGGAGACGAGAUGGGCAGCCCGGGCUGCGAGGUGGGUCUGUCCGGGCCGGUGGAGCCGGCGCUGGAGGCCUUGUGUCCCGAGUGCGGCCAGAUCCACCGCAGCCGGGAGAACCACCUUUACAAUUACCGCCUGGAAGUGGACGACGACCUGGUGUGCCACAUCUGCCUGCAGCCGCUGGUGCAGCCGCUGGACACACCGUGCGGACACACCUUCUGCGCCCGCUGCCUGCGCAGCUUCCUCCAGGAGAGGGACUUCUGCCCUCUGGACAGGACGCGGCUGCAGCUGCAGGCGUGCCGCAGGUCCAGCAUCCUGGUGCACAAGCUGCUGGAUAAACUGUCUGUGUCGUGCCCUUUGACCCCGGUCUGCUCCCUCAGCAUGCCCCGAUGCGACCUGGAGGCCCACCUCAAACACAGGUGUCCCGGGACGCGGUGUCAGCAGACGAGCACGGACGGCCCGCGAUGCGAGAGCGGCGACGAGCGGGCCAUGGUGACCAGCCCCUCCAGGUCGCCCCACUCCCCGCAGACAGACCUGAGGGACCGCACGCCCUCGCCGCCCUCCGCGCCUAGCAACGCAUGCGGAAACGGGCCCAUGUGGACAGACGACGCCGGCCUCGACAACCCUGCCUUUGAGGAAAGCACUGAAGAAGACAGUGAGUGUGUUGUAGGGCUGGAGUGUGUGGUCCCCCGGGUGAAGCGGCCCCUCAGUAAUCCUUGCAUCCAUCUCCUCCGCUCCGUUAGUUCCACCUCCUCUGGCUGGGACUGCCCCGAAUCCCCGCCCCUGUCUGCUGAGGAGGGCUGCGUGAAGUUACCCUCCCUUCCUGAAGGAGAGAUAACUGCCAUCGAGGUGCACCGGGCGAACCCGUACGUGGAGCUGGGAAUCAGCAUCGUUGGUGGAAACGAGACGCCCCUCAUCAACAUAGUGAUUCAGGAAGUGUACCGAGACGGGGUCAUUGCACGAGACGGGAGGCUGCUGGCCGGGGAUCAGAUACUACAGGUGAACAACGUGGACAUCAGUAACGUGCCGCACAGCUUUGCUCGCUCCACCCUGGCCCGCCCCUGCACCACCCUGCAGCUGACGGUGCUCCGGGAGCGUCGCUGCGCCUCCCGGGCGCCCCCCUCCUCUUCCUCCUCCACCCCGGCCGUGCCCCACGCCCCCUGCUCCACCCCCGAGGGCACCCCGUCCAGCCCCGCCACGCUGAGGAUCACCCUGCACAAGCGAGACUCGACGGAGCAGCUCGGCAUCAAGCUGGUGCGGCGGACGGAUGAGUCAGGAGUGUUCGUGCUGGAUCUCCUGGAGGGAGGCCUGGCAGCGAAGGACGGCAGACUGCGGAGUAACGACCGCGUGUUGGCAGUCAACGACCAGGACCUGCGCCACGGCACCCCCGAGCAGGCUGCUCAGAUCAUACAGGCCAGUGGAGAGCGGGUCCACCUGCUGAUCGGGCGAACUAGCAAACCCACUCCACCCCCGCCGCCAAAAUCAAGCUCCACCAGAGACCUCUAUUGCCUUGAUCACUUCCUGCCUAACCACAGCUCUACCCCGAGUCCUGUGCCCUUACACCUGUCCCGCACCAGCACCCACAGAGACCUGUCCCAGUGUGUGACCUGUAAGGAGAAACACAUCACUGUGAAGAAGGAACCCCACGAGUCUCUGGGCAUGACUGUUGCAGGGGGGCGGGGCAGCAAGAGCGGGGAGCUGCCAAUCUUUGUGACGAGCGUCCAACCGCACGGCUGCUUGUCGAGGGACGGGCGAAUCAAAAGAGGCGACGUGCUGCUGAGUAUCAAUGGGCAGGACUUGACGUACCUGAGCCACGGCGAGGCCGUGGGGACCCUGAAGGCCAGCGCCGCCUCGCCGUCAGUGCAGCUGAGGGUGCUGGAGGUCAGCAUGGUGGAGGAGCACGAGCACGACGAGCUGCUGCCUCACACUCACGACAGCGACUUUGAUGCCAACUGGUCCCCCUCGUGGGUCAUGUGGCUGGGCCUGCCCAGCUACCUGCACAGUAGUCACGAGAUCGUUCUGCGGAGGAGCCAUCCCGGCAGCUGGGGCUUUAGCAUCGUUGGGGGAUACGAGGAAAGCCAUGGCAACCAGGCGUUCUUCAUCAAGACCAUCGUCCUCGGCACACCUGCGUACUACGACGGCCGCCUCAAGUGCGGCGACAUGAUAGUGGCGGUGAACGGCCUGUCGACGGCAGGAAUGAGCCACUCGGCGCUGGUGCCCAUGUUGAAAGAGCAGCGCAGCCGGGUGGCGCUCACCGUGGUCUCCUGGCCCGGCAGUCUGGUAUAGCUGAUCAGAUGAGCAGCGGGCUGCGCACCACGUCCACCCCUGAAUGUUCUAUAUUAGGAACGACCUUGGCCAAAGUGAACUGGUACACGCUACUGUCCAUCGCUCCAUACCGGGCUUAAUCCAGGACCAAAAGCAUUCAGAGCUGUUGUAGACCCAGCAGGACCGAGCCUGUCCUGACCAGGUGGGACCUGAUCCAGAUCGUGCCACGUCACUCGACAGACUGCACUCUCAAACACACUGCUGUGUUCAUAUGGUCAUGUUGUCUUCACUCCCACGGGGAGAAUGGUACUGCAACUGUUAACAGGCGAUCUGUGCUGUAUUCACCUCACCAGGCAGUUGUAGAAUCCAGGGCUGUAUUCAGGUGGAUGCAUCGUUGCAGGUAGAGAUUAAAACAUUUCAGUCUGCGAUUUUUUUUGUCGUCUAGAUAAGUGACCGCUAAAAAAAAUUAAAUAAAUCACUCUAAUCAAGAUGUUCUGCAACGCCAGUGCUGUGUCCAACUGAAUAAGCCCCAGGCCUUAUUAGAAACCUGCCACAUCCUGGGGGCUCAACCGCCUCCAGGCCUCAUCACCAUGACAACCAGCUGUCCCUUCAGCUGGAGUUUUAUACAUGUGUGAAUGUGUGUUCUGUUUUGUUUAAUAAAAAUUUCCUUCCAAGGAU